GAUGGCCCUCCUCCGCCAUCUGCUCCCCUGGCUCACCAGUGUUGUCUUCUGCCUCAGCCAAUGUCAGGCCAAGACCGUGACCUAUGACUUCAACGUCACUUGGGUCACGGCCAACCCGGAUGGGCUGCACGAUCGCAAGGUGGUGGGCAUCAACGGGCAAUGGCCGCUGCCCAUCAUCGAGGUCGACAAGGGCGACCGGCUGGUGGUGAACAUGUACAACGGACUCGAGGACAAGAGUGCCUCGAUCCACUUCCACGGCAUGUACCAGACCAACACGACCGACAUGGACGGUCCCGCCAUGGUGACCCAGUGCCCGGUGCCUCCGGGCAGCUCCUUCACGUACAACUUCACGGUCAACCAGAACGGCACGUACUGGUACCACUGCCACACCGACUACUGCUACCCGGACGGCUAUCGCCAGGCCCUGAUCGUGCACGACAACUCGUCCUACUUCCACGACCUGUACGACGACGAGUACACGCUGACCAUGAGUGACUGGUACCACACGCUCACCGAGGACAUCGCGCCCAGCUUCAUCACCGUCGACAACCCGACGGGGGGCGAGCCCGUCCCUCAAUCCUUCCUCUUCAACGACACCGUGAGCAGCACCAACGUCCCCGUCGAGGCCGGCAAGACGUAUCUGCUCCGCCUGAUCAACAUCGCCGCCUUCGUGGCCCAAUACUUCUACAUCGAGGACCACUCCCUCCGCAUCGUCGAGAUCGACGGCGUCUACGUCGAGCCCACCGAGGCCGACGUGCUCUACAUCGCCGCCGCCCAGCGCUACUCCGUCCUGGUCACCAUGAAGAACUCCACCGACAAGAACUACGCCAUCGUCACCGUCGCCGACUCCGUCCUGCUGGACACCAUCCCCUCCGACCUGCAGCUCAACCAGACCAACUGGCUCCAGUACAGCUCCAGCGCCCCCCACCCGGAAGCCAACAUCACCGUGGCCGUGUGCUCCGACCUCGACCCCUACGACGACAUGGACCUGGUGCCCUACGACAAGCAGCCCCUCCUCACCGACCCCGACCACUCCCUGACCCUCACCGUCACCAUGCAAGACCUCGAAAACGGCGCCGACUACGCCUUCCUCAACGACAUCACCUACACCAAGCCCAAAGUCCCCGCCCUGUACACCGUGAUGUCGGCCGGGGACCUGGCCACCGACCCCACCGUCUACGGCACCAACACCCACUCCGUCGUCCUGGACGAAGACCAAGUCGUCGAGAUCAUCCUCAACAACGGGGACACGGGCUCGCACCCCUUCCACCUCCACGGGCACGCCUUCCAGAUGAUCGACCGCUUCCCCAGCUACGGCCAGCACUUCUACGACUACGUCGACGCCACCGACCCCGUCGUCUACAACGCCUCCAACCACUCCGCCUUCCCCGAAUACCCACCCCGGCGCGACGUCUUCGUCCUCCCCCCGCAGGGCUACUUCGUCAUCCGCUUCAAGGCCGAUAACCCCGGCGUCUGGUUCUUCCACUGCCACAUCGACUGGCAUCUGUCGCAGGGCCUCGCCAUGGUCUUCAUCGAGGCUCCCCUGCGCAUCCAGGAGCGCGUCACCAUCCCCCAGCAGCAUUACGAGGUGUGUGAGGCUGCCGGUAUCCCCUACCAGGGUAACGCCGCCGCCAACACGGAGGAUUAUCUCGAUCUGACCGGCCAGAACGUGCAGCUGGGCUGGUUGCCUGCCGGGUUCACGGCGAGGGGUAUCGUCGCGUUGGUGUUUUCCGUCGUGAGUGCGUUCUUGGGAAUGGCGGUCAUUUCGCUGUAUGGGUUGUCGGAUAUCAAGUCCGGAGGGGAGAGGCAGGCGGGUGUCGUUCAAACGGAACAGGUCCAGGAUCAGUAGUACCAGCAUCGGGAUCAGGAGGUACAUGGGGCUUUGGUGGAUCUGUAGUUGGUUGGUUAGUUGGUAGGUUAGUAUCGUAUAUAUAGUGAGCACUGAUGUAGGUGUGUUUGUUACAAUGGUACUAAGUAGUAAUAUUAC